CCUUUCAUCCAUCCAUCCAUUUCCUCGGGUCUUCUGCCAUGGCUUCCACCACGUUCUUGAUCUUGGUUGCGGCGGCGAGCCUCCUGGCCAGCUUUGCGCAGGCCGAUUUGCAGUACGGUUACUACAACACGACGUGCCCAGGCGUGGAGGAACUUGUGCGCACCGAGCUUGAGGCCAUCUUCGCCGACGACUCCACCCUCCGUGCCGGCCUCCUCCGCCUCCACUUCCACGACUGCUUCGUCCGGGGCUGCGACGCCUCCCUCAUGCUCAACUCCCACAAUGGCACCGCUGAGAAGCACGCCGACCCCAACCUUACCGUGCGCGGCUACGAGGCCAUCGAGGCUAUCAAGAAGGUGGUGGAGAAAGCAUGCCCCCUCGUCGUCUCCUGCGCAGACAUCAUGGCCAUGGCCGCGCGCGACGCCGUCAAUUUUAGCACUGGGCCACGCUACGAGGUGGAGACCGGGCGCCGCGACGGGAACGUCUCCAUGUUGGAGGAGGCCCUCACCAACCUGCCACCGGCCGACGGCAACGUCACCGUGCUCACCCAGUACUUCGCCGUCAAGAACCUCACCAUGAAGGACAUGGUCGUCCUCUCCGCGGCGCACACGAUUGGAGUGACGCACUGCUCGUCCUUCUCCAAGCGGCUCUACAACUUCACUGGAGCCGACGACCAGGACCCCUCGCUGGACCCGGCGUACGGGAAGACGCUGACGACCAAGUGCCCAACGGAUAAGAUGGCGAGCGUGGUGCCCAUGGACGAGGUGACGGUGGAGAAGUUCGACCUGGGAUACUACGAGUCCGUGUACAAUCACCGGGCGGUGCUGCACUCCGACGCCGCGCUGCUGGAGGACAGUCUCACCGGCGCCUACGUGGCGCUCAUGAACAACGCCUCCUCUCUCGACGUCUUCUUCGCCGACUUCGCCGUCGCCAUGAUCAACAUGGGCAGGGCUGGCGUUCUCACCGGCACCCAAGGCGAGAUCAGAGAGACCUGCGGCGUCUACGUCGACUGAUGAUCGAUCGUGAAUCAAAAUUCAAUCUGACAAUUUAUUCUGACCAAGCAUUUUGUAGUCCCUUGUUUGAGGAUGAUACGGUGAGGCUACCCAUGGCUUUACAACAGGAUUUCAAUUUCAGAAGGAUUCUUGUUUGGACUAUCAAAUCAUGCCCUCAUCCUCCAAACCACGGUUUUCCACAACCACAAGCAGCGCAAGUUCAAGUUCAAGUUCAAACUUGGUUGGCUGCUCCGUCAUGGCUUUCAUAAUAUGGUCAAAGAGGUGUGAGAGAAACAUGUUGCCGGUCUUACUUCAAAACACAAAUGUAAUUAUAAAACACGUGCAAUACGUAAAUUCCUUGGUGGUU